UCCAAAUUCAUCACUCCGAGAUUCUCGAAUGUUUCUAAUCACGAGGUAAACCUCACCAUUUCCCCCUGCCCCUGAAUCCCGCUUUUCAAUUAAGUGGCAGAUGGCAGGUGGCAGAUGGCAGCUGAUAUUGCUUGGUUCGUUUGUAUAAGGGAAAAGUUACGAGCACAUUCUUAACAUGUGUUACAACACCCAUCUAUCAAGCCACCAACGGUAACGUGCAUCAUAUCACGCCUUGCCUUGAAUCCUACUUUGUUGUACUUAUCUGGACUUCUUUUUGUCGCUUCCUUUCAACUGCAUCAUCCCGAUAUCUGACAUUGCAGUGAUCUACAAUUUCACUGACCAUGCCGCACGUACCACAACGUUUACACCGUCUUCAUGACAAGGUCACCAACAAAUCUGGGGUACAUAAAAGGAUUCAAUAUCUUCUAUCAAAGUUUAAAAGUACGAUCCACCAUAAGGUCAAUUUGUGGCCACAACUGACUACUGGAAACAGCCCGAACGCUUUUCUCUCGGGAACAGGAACAAGAUCAAGAUCAAACUCAAGCUCAAUCUCAAGAUCAAGAACAAGCUCAAGAUGAAGCUCAAAUCUCACGACAAUGUAGUGGAUUUUUUAAUUUACCAGCCGAGCUUCGGCAUGAGAUUUAUUCAUACCUCUUCAGGAACUUGAGAUGUCGAGAUGAUAUAUUCUCUGAAGCAGAAUGUCACAAAUUUUUUAUCCAUGAAGGAGCAGUUCUAUUCAACGUGAACCAUUGGUUCCUGAAUGAUGUUGCCGAAUUCUUGUGUCGGACGAACCCUCGAUUUAUGUUAUAUCGACCCUCGCUAUGUCUUUUUGCUUUUUCUAUCACACAUAAUUGUGUUCGAUUUCUGAAGAGUCUAGAAUUAUCUGCACCAUCUUCCGAUACCGCGUCACUGGAGCCAGUUUUUGAGCAGAUCCUAGCAUCCAAUGCUCGGUUGACUUCACUUACUUUACAUCUUAUUCCUACUUUUCCGGGAAGCUUGAGUUAUCCCUGGCCGAUGUAUAUAAUCCCAAGACUACAAGUGGAAACACCAGCAAAAGAGCAUUUUUACAAUGUUCAUCCUCAUUAUUUGUCUAUUGAUUACCAUUCACAAGCAGCUUUGGAUAAUUACCAUCGCUCCCAGUUACUUAUAGGCAAACUGCAAAAUCUUCGAUACUUGAAGAUUACAGGUCAGCCAGAAUUCGAUACCAUGUUUGAACUUGCCAUCGUAAAACUUCAUCUUGGAAUGAUGGCUGCCGCGAAAUCCGCGGGGACUUUCGUUGCUUUAUCACCAAAUAACGGGCCUCGUGGUGAGGAAUGGUACUAUGAAAUAUGGAUCGCACCAAGUAAGUCAUUACUACCAAUAUCGACCUUGACGAUUAUCGUUGUUCUGCAGUUCUUCUACCUACAGAACACGUUCUGUAAUGCUGACAUUUUAUUUAGCUUCCCGUCACUCGAAGCCGGCAAGUUACACAUCAAAUAGGCUCUUAGAGUGCUGAUGUCGGCACAUAAACUUAUUUAGAGGACGCUGAGGAGCUGCUUUUCUAUAACAAGCACUGGCAAGCAAUUAAAUACUUUGCCGAGUAGCUCAUCUCCAGUUUCCACCAGAGAUAUAAUAGUUCACGGAAUCAAGUCGUCUUAGAUCUCCCUCUGUAGCUUCUGAGACUGAAGGCACUAUCUAGAACAGCUCCCUCUCUCACCAUAUCAACGAUGGAGUGGUACACUCGGGGAUAUCUAACAUUCGGUCGUUCUCGCUCUGGUUCGUUAUCCAGUUCCAUUACAAACACUAGCCUGGUACUGUCACCCUAUGACUUCUUUUUCUAAUUUAUGGUGACUAAAUGAUGGAAAUUUUGUGGCACAAGACUAAGAACAGCCUCGAAUACAUGGAGCGUACGCAUGGCAAGGAAGAUGUGAGGACUUACUAGUACCUUCAAAGCACCAGUACAAUUUAACGACUGAGAAAUUGCGAUUAGAAAACCCCAGGUCACAACAUCACCUUGAAAAGAAGCUAUGUUAUCGAAAAGGACAUAAAUACACGGCUUCGAACGAAAUGUCUAUUGAACAUCAAACCAACUCAUAUCCGUGCCGUGUCUCUUGUUCUAGAUCGGAUAUCCAGCGCGACAAGCAGCAGGUCGGCCAGGUCCUCCAUAUCAACCCCCAAAAGAGUCGAGACUCAUCACAACUUAAAAGAUGUCAUUGCUACUCUGCGCCGCCGAUUCACUGUACAAAUUCAUUCACAAUCAUGUGAUGGUUCUGAAAAUUCUUCAUCGUCAUCAGCCGCGUACGUCACAAUGCAAAUGUUGUGGCAUCUACCCGACUCUCAUACACAAAAAGUCUAACGAGUUCUCGUCCCGCUUCAACUUCACAUCUACUUUUCGUCUUGUUAG